GUGUGUGUGUGUGUGUGUGUGUGUGUGUGUGUGUGUGUGUGUGUGUGUGUGUGCGCGCGUGUUGGGGAGGGUCAUAUAAAGAGUGUCGGGUCUACUUGCUUUAGUUUUCUGUAGGAUGGCGGAGCAGCAGGAAGCUUCAGGUACGGGCAGCUCUGUGGAUCCAAGUGACAAGUCCACAGGGGAUCCAAAGACACCAUCAUUAGACCCACAGGUGGAAUCUGACUCUCCUACCUUACAAUGUCCACACUGUGGGGGUCCAAUCAGACAAGAUCCCCCUGUGGACGCUGGAGAGGAGAUGCUGGUGGAGGACCAGGAUCAAUACUUAACUCAGACUCUAAACUCCUCACCUUCUCUGUCUCAGAUGGAGGCGGUCCUGAAGGAGCUCAAAGAUGUGAUGCUCAUACAACAAUUUGAGAAUGCUGAGCGUCUGGUGAAGAACUACAUCGACAAAACUCCACCUGACAAACACUCCCUGUUUGAGCUCCUCCGAUAUCUGAGAACUCUGCACCAGAAACCUGACAAAGGCAGGAAGACCACCUCCUCUACGUCAUCCAGUUGGAACCUUUCCAGAGUGAAGUUUUUCUCCGUGGUGACUGGGCGGACCUGUGGGGCUGAUGAUGUCAUAAUGGAACAGGUGAAGAAAGUUGGAUGGUUUUCAACAAAUGUAGAGCCAGCCACAGACCCACAGGACUGUGACAUCAUCAUCCUGUUCUGUCCAAUCACGUCUCGUGUUGGAACAGAUGUUGACGCCGCCAUGAAAAAGAUUUCAGGGGACAAACCCGUUGUCCUGGUGGUGAUGCAUCACACACGAGACGCUGACUACUCUGUGGACAAGAAAAGAUGGAGCGACACAUUUAAGAAUGUUGUCCUUGAUGUUCACGUUCUCUUCCAUGAGACCCUGCAGGGAUUACUGAAGUGUUCCAGGAACAACAACGCCGUCCAUCAGAUACAGAAAGAGUUAAAGAGACACAGUAAAUAUAGAUUUACUUAAGGAAGGAUUAGGUGAACUCUUUAAUGAAACCAUGAUGACACUACUGUUGCUGUAAAAAUGAGGUUCAAAAUAAUAAAAGACCUGAAACUGAA